AUGGAACAGCCUCGCCUAACGUGUGGCACUCGUCGGAGAGAUUCAGAUGCUGUUGACUUGGACAUAUAUCGGUUGCCUCCGCCUCCUCUUCGAUUAUCCUGGCCGUUAUGCACACUUCGUCGAUUUGGAUUCUACGGCAAUACACUGUUCAAAUUGGAGGCUGGUCGUCGAGCUCCACGAGGUGAGGGACACUAUCUUUUCCGCAUUCGAACGUUACGGGAGUUUCGGCAGUACUUUGAAUGCGACAAAUAUGACACCUUUUCGUGGAAACCCUUCAUCGGUCAAAACAUUGUUUCUUCCAAAGACAUGCAGAUGGAAUCGCCCGUUUAA